UGUAUCCUGAUGAAUACACUUUUUGGAAUAGCGCCCUCUGUUGAGGGACAGUGUACCGCAUAGCAACUAAAAACGCAAUGGACGACCUCAUGGUAGCUAAUCUUUUCGACACCGACUUUAAUCGUUUUGAAUCUGAAAUCUGCUGAUGAUACUGAUCAUUAAUCACAAUAGGAUGCAAGGAGUUUUCACGGAGCCAAUAAAUACAUGUAGAACCUGAUGAGGCUUUUGUCGAAACCCUUGCAUUUCUAUGACCUGCGACCUAUGACCCACACCUGUGCGAUUCCCCAGCUGUAGCACUAGAAUUGAGGAGCUAUACCACCUGAAGUGCUGCCGCUACAGUGAAAACUCCUAGCUGCUAAAUGCAAUCAUCGCUCCUCUCCAUUUGAUGCCAGCACUGCUCAACUGAGGCUGCAGCAUUCAGAUGACCAGGCAUGCUGAGAGUUUGAGACUCCUCUGAUGUAGGCGUUGACAUCCAAGCAACUCCCGCCCACAUUUGACAUCUGACAUCUGAUGAAGAGCAGCCCCUCGCUGAGCCAGAACUCCUGUGAACUCUGAGCGUCUGGGAACAUGGAAUUAUGUGAACUGUUGAAUACAUGUCCAUUCAAUUGCCUAGUUUCAUUACCCCGUGAUAAUUUACAUACAUGUACAGUGAUUGCUGCAUUGAGUAUGUUUUCUUGGAUUUGUUAUGUUGUAAUGCUCGAGUAUAAACAUUUGUAUUACGACAUUUGCAGAUGUAUUUUCAGUAAUUUGAUAUGUUGCAAAUAGAUUGGUAUAUGUUCAUGUACACAUGCAGAUGAUAACAUGUUUACAGGCAUGUUGGAGAGUUUAAUCCAUUUGUUGGAAGUUUAAUAUUGAAAGGUAGUUUGAGAUUUUGCGACUGCAAUUCCUUAUACACGUACAUGUAUGCUAAAUGUAGUGUGUUUGACUAAGGUGGCCUAUAGAGGACCUUGUAUAUUGUUGCUUGUUCUCUUAAGAUUUUACAUGCACUACGUGUAAGUCACCUUGUACCGUUAUCAUGUCGUCAAAGGACAAAACAGAGAAGACUGAACCAGGUUCUCCAAGUACGCCAAUACCCUUUUCGAUUUCAACACCAACUACUUCCUACGGAGAUCAAGAAAUUGGUUCUGCAGCCACUUUAGAGUCGACUAUUGGAGACCAUCAGCUGAUGAAGAGGAAACAAGGGCACAUUCACGAGGCUGACACUAGAUCCGAACUAUCCGUUCGAACCAAGUCAUCACGCCGAACAUGUUCUUCCCAAUUGUCCAUGGUUUCCACAAAGGCUGCCCUUGCAGCCGAAGCAGCUGCUUUAAAGACACGGCUUCAGUACGCCGAUGCUGAAAAUGCAAAGAAGGCUGAACUAGAAAUGAAGCAUGCUGAGCUUGAAAAGCUACGCACCAUGCGAGACCUCCAGGUAACUGAAGCCAAACUGGAUGCUAUUUGUAGGGUGCAGCAAGAAGAAAAUGCUCAUCCCAGCAUUAGCGAAAUGGUGGAACCAGAAGAUAAAGACGUGAUGAUGGAGAAUUAUCUUGGAUCAUUUCAGACAUCAAAUCACAACUCUGAUGACUGCGUAGUCUCCGAAGGACUAACGACAACAGGGACACACGUCGUCCCAACUGCGACAACAGGGACACAUGUCGUCCCAACUGCGACCCUGGGCAUGCAACUUGCCCCAACUGCGACAACAGGGACACAUGUCGUCCCAACUACGACCUCGGGCAUGCAACUUGCCCCAACUGCGACUCCGGGCUCAUAUUUUGCGCCAACUGCGACAACAGGGACACAUGUCGUCCCAACUGCGACCUCGGGCAUGCACCUUGCCCCAACUGCGACUCCGGGCUCAUAUUUUGCCCCAACUGCGACAACAGGGACACAUGUCGUCCCAACUGCGACCCUGGGCAUGCACCUUGCCCCAACUGCGACAACAGGGACACAUGUCGUCCCAACUGCGACCUCGGACAUGCACCUUGCCCCAACUGCGACUCCGGGCUCAUAUUUUGCCCCAACUGCGACAACAGGGACACAUGUCGUCCCAACUGCGACCUCGGGCAUGCACCUUGCCCCAACUGCGACUCCGGGCUCAUAUUUUGCCCCAACUGCGACAACAGGGACACAUGUCGUCCCAACUGCGAUCCCGGGCAUGCAACUUGCCCCAACUGCGACAAUAGGGACACAUGUCGUCCCAACUGCGACCCCGGGCAUGCAACUUGCCCCAACUGCGACAACAGGGACACAUGUAGCCCAUCCUGCGACCCCAGGUAUCCAACUAGUCCCAACUGCGACUACAGAACCACAUAGUGCCGAACAGUCGUCAACAGCACACAUACUUGGCAUAACAAAAUGCCUGGUAGAUCAGCUCAGCCUGAGUCGUUUGCCCCCUCCAGAGCCUGGACUUUUCUCUGGGGACCCGCUCAAAUUUCCGAGUUGGAAAAGUAGUUUUGAAACACUGAUCGAGCGCCGAGGAAUACCUCCAUCAGAACGCCUUCACUACCUCAAGAAAUACUUGGCAGGGUCUGCGAAGGAUGUUGUCGAAGGCUUCUUCCUGUUGUCAGAGGACGAUGCCUACCUCAAAGCGAAGGAACUUCUCCAACAGAGAUUUGGUGACCCCUUCAUUGUAGCGAGCGCCUUCCGGGAUAAGUUAGAUUCCUGGACUAAGAUUAACUCCAGAGAUGGUACAGGCCUUCGACGUUUUGCGGACUUCUUGCGACAGUGUGAAGCUGCGAUGCAAACCAUCCAAAGCUUGAAGAUUCUCAAUGAUGAAAGGGAGAACAGGAAAUUGCUCACUAAGAUACCGGAGUGGCUGGUUGCACGGUGGUCCCGAAAAGCAGCGGAAUCAAAGGAAAUCAAGAAGAGAUUCCCUCCUUUUAGUGAAUUUGUGAGCUUCAUAACAAGAGAGGCCAACAUCGCAUGUGACCCAGUCACAUCACUCCAGUCUGUGAAAGCAAUUGACAAGCCUGACGAAUCAAAUAGCUCCAGGACAAGCCGAGGAAAGGAAAGGGGUUUUGAGAAGAGAAGUUCAUUCUCUACAGAUGUGACCAAGGCAACUCGGGAGAGAGUGUCCAAACCACAGACAUGUUUCCUGUGCAACAAAGAAAAUCAUCACUUGAGUGAAUGCAAGAUAUUCCUUUCCAAGUCAUUGACAGAGAGGAAAGACUUUGUGAUGAAAAAUGGACUGUGCUUCGGCUGCCUAUGUCGAGGCCACAGAUCUAAGGAGUGCCGCUACAGGAAGACAUGCAGUACCUGUGCCAAGAAACAUCCCACUGCACUCCAUGGCGAUGUCAAGAAGCAAGAUAAACAAGAUGCACAGACGAAACCAGAGCAUCCACCAGUGGUGUCAACGAGCUCACAUACAAGAAUAAGCCAUCUCAAUAAAACAUCAGAAGGCAGCAAAGCAUCCAUGAUUGUUCCAGUGUGGAUAUCCCAUCAAGACAGCCCUGAAAGGGAACGCUUAAUCUACGCUCUGCUUGACACACAGUCGGACACAACCUUCAUUCUGGACAGCACAUGUAAAGCUAUCGGAGCUGAAGGACCUAAGGUACAGCUGUUGUUGUCCACUAUGUAUUCCAAGAACGAGCGAGUUGACUCUAAAAAGAUCGAAGGUCUACAAGUUCGUGGUCACGACAGUGAAGUUGGAAUAAGUCUCCCUGCAACAUUCACAAGAGAUGUCAUGCCGGCAAAUCGCUCCCAUAUCCCUACUACCAGAAUGGCUGACAAUUGGCCACAUCUGCAGAUGAUGGCGAACGAAUUGAUGCCAUUGUCAGACUGUGAAAUUGGGUUGCUGAUCGGCUACAACUGCGCCCGGGCACUUGCGCCUCGGGAAGUGAUACCCCCUACCGAUGAUGAGCCCUUUGCUCAGAGAACAGACCUGGGGUGGGGUAUCGUCGGCAUCGUGAACCCUGAUUCAGAUGACUGUGACAACAGCGUGGACCCCAUCGGCGUAAGCCACAGAGUCCUCUCAUGCGAAGCCCCAUAUGAUGAUUCUGACGAGUUAGCAGUACAGAGUCAUUCUCUGAUCUCCUUCAAAACUCGAGUCAAGGAAGUUAUUAGCCCUCUGGACAUAACAGAGAUGAUGAGCCUGGAUUUUUCAGAGCGACCUUCAGAGGACAAACCCUUUUCACAAGAUGACAAGAAGUUUCUUGCCAAGGUAAAGGAAGGAAUCCAUCAGCGGCCAGACGGCUACUAUGAAAUGCCUCUACCCUUUCGAGAGAGCAGCCCAGACCUUCCAAACAACAAGUCACUGGCUCUGCAUCGCUUGAACUAUCUCAAGUGCCGAUUCAGGAAGAAUCCAAGGUUCUAUGAUGACUACAACUCCUUUGUAGGUGAUAUCAUACAGAAAGGCCAUGCAGAACGAGUACCAGUUGGAGAUUGCAGCAGUAACAAGGCCGGGGUGUGGUACAUUCCCCACCACGGCAUCUAUCAUCCGAAAAAACCAGGAAAGAUCCGCGUGGUCUUCGACUGCAGCGCAACAUUCAAAGGAGUGUCUUUGAACGGCCAUCUUCUGCAGGGCCCAGAUAUGAUCAACAACCUUGUUGGCAUACUGUGCAGAUUCCGGCAAAAUCCCAUUGCAUUCAUGUGUGAUGUGGAGCAAAUGUUCCACCAGUUUAAGGUAAACUGCGAACACCGCGACUAUCUGAGGUUCCUUUGGUGGGAAGGUGGAGACUUCAAUACUGAUCCUUUGGAGUACAGAAUGUGUGUACACUUGUUUGGGGCCGUAUCGUCCCCUGGAUGUGCCAACUUUGGCUUGAAGUCCAUUGCAGAGGACUACUGGAGCGAGUGCGGAGAGCAGGCAGCCCAAUUUGUCCAACGAGACUUCUAUGUAGAUGAUGGGUUGAAGUCCGUCUGCUGUUCUAGCGAAGCCAUCAGUCUUAUCAACCAAACCAAGGAUCUAUGUUCACGAGGUGGGCUCCACCUUCACAAAUUCGUGUCCAACUCCCGGGAUGUGAUGGAGUGUAUCGAGCCAAAGCAGCGAGCAAAGGGCAUCCAGGACCUCGAUCUAAUUCACGAUACUCUCCCGGUUGAAAGAGCUUUAGGUGUCCAGUGGUGCGUAGAGUCUGACUGUUUCAAUUUCCGCAUCACUCUACAAGAUAAGCCCUUGACGAGACGAGGCAUCCUGUCGACAAUCGGAUCUAUCUAUGAUCCACUAGGCUUUGUUGCACCUGUGCUGCUGACGGGAAGAAGAAUCUUACAAGAUCUAUGUAGAAAUCAAGUCGACUGGGAUUCACCACUAGACGACGAGAUCAGGUCACGCUGGGAGUGCUGGAGAGGAAGUCUCCCUCGCCUCGAAGAGCUGAAGAUACCCCGAUGCUACCAGCCAGACACCUUUGGAAAUGUGGUGUCUAGAGAACUCCAUCACUUCUCAGAUGCCAGUACUGUUGGCUACGCACAGUGUACCUACCUUAGGCAGACUGAUGAUCAAAACAGAGUCCACUGUUCACUUGUGAUGGGAAAGAGUCGAGUGACCCCCUUGAAACUGACUACAAUACCAAGGCUCGAGCUCACGGCAGCAGUGGUGUCUGUCAGAGUGGGUUCCCUCCUUGCCAGAGAGCUGGACAUUGACGCAAGACACUUCUACUGGACUGAUAGCAAGAUCGUGCUGGGCUACAUCAACAACGAGACCCGAAGAUUCCAUGUCUUUGUGGCAAACAGAGCUCAGCAAAUAAGGAAUCAUUCAGACCCCAGCCAAUGGAGACAUGUUGCUUCCGAAGAAAAUCCAGCAGACGAAGGUUCAAGAGGCAUCACACCCUCGGAGCUUGCAACUUCCAAGUGGCUCAAGGGACCAGCAUUCCUGUGGGAAGAAAAUCUCCCCAUGGAACAAAACCCAGGCUACCAACUCAUUGAAGGCGAUCCAGAAGUUAGGGCCGUACAAGUCAUGGCGACACAGUCAACACUGCCUGCGAUAGAUCUGACACGCUUUUCAGACUGGCGCCAAGCUAAGCGAGUCAUUGCUACCUGCAUAGACUUCAAGAAAAGGCUUCAAAAUCGCCAUGAGAGGAUAUCUCCAGAGGUAACCCAGAAUGAUGGCCAACAGAUGGCAGCCAUCCCCGACAAAGAACGUCUCACUGUCCAAGACAUACAACAUGCUGAGAUCCAGAUACUCAAACUCACACAGAAGGAAGCAUUUCCUCGAGAAUUGCAUGCACUUUCAGAUCUCGAUGUAAAUGACAGUGACAUCGACAGACACACAGCGAGAAAACGGAAUCGUACCCUGAAGAAGACUAGCUCUCUCUUCAGACUUGAUCCCUUUAUAGAUGAGGAUGGCGUUAUGAGAGUUGGUGGGCGCAUCCAGAAAGCAGAAACAUCGUUUGGCUUCAAGCAUCCAGCAAUUCUUCCUCGUAAACACUGCGUCACAGAGAUGAUAGUCCGUUACUUUCAUCAGCAAGUCGCCCACCAAGGUCGAGGCAUGACAACACAAGCUGUAAGAUCUAAUGGCUUCUGGAUAAUCGGCUGCAGUUCAGCGGUGGCCAGUUUGAUUCAUCGAUGCGUAAAGUGUCGCAGAUUGUAUAGUAAACCUGGAGAGCAGAAAAUGGCCAAUCUCCCCGAAGAUAGACUCCAGCCUGCGCCGCCUUUCACUUACUGUGGCGUUGAUUACUUUGGGCCAUGGACCGUAAAGGAAGGUAGAAGGGAAGUGAAACGGUAUGGGGUGUUAUUCACCUGCAUGGCAUCAAGGGCAAUCCAUAUCGAAGUGGCCAACUCCCUCACCACGGAUGCUUUUAUCAAUGCUCUGCGUCGCUUCACCGCUGUGCGCGGGUCAGUAAGACUACUUAGAUCAGAUCAAGGCACCAACUUCGUCGGUGCAGAGUCAGAACUGAAGAGAGCUCUGGAAGAAAUUGACCAGACCAAAGUUCAACACUUCCUUGAAGGAAAGGGAUGUGACUACCCUACUACAAAGAUGAAUGCUCCUUCAGCAAGUCACGCAGGAGGGGUUUGGGAGAGACAAAUUAGAUCAGUGAGGAGAGUGCUCAAUGCCCUUGUGGAUCAGCAUGGGACGCAACUCGAUGACGAAUCACUAAGGACUCUUAUGUGUGAGUGUGCAGCAAUCGUCAAUGGUCGACCCUUGUCAGUUGACAACCUAAAUGACCCUAAAUCGCCAGAACCACUCACUCCCAACCAUUUGCUUACCUUGAAGUCCAGCGUCAUCCUCCCACCACCAGGUACAUUUCAAUGCGUUGAUGUGUACUCUAAGAAACGUUGGAGAAGGGUCCAACACCUGGUUAACGAGUUUUGGGCUCGAUGGAAGAAAGAGUAUCUACAUACCCUUCAAGUGCGUCAGAAAUGGACCAAGGAGAAACCGGAAGUGAAAGUGGGAGACGUCGUCAUAAUCAUGGAUGAUAACCUACCACGUAACCAAUGGCAGCUCGGUCGAGUGACAGAAGUCUUUCCGAGUACCGACGGGCACGUUCGAAGAGCAAAGCUCGCUGUAGCUGAUUCUACCUUGGAUGCCAAAGGCAAGAAGACCCGUCCAUCCAGAUUUCUCGAACGCCCAAUUCAGAAGCUCGUUGUCCUUCUGGAAAGCCAGUAGCAGGAAACCGGAAUCCCCACCGGGAAGCCUUUGAUUACCCUUAAUUUGUGGUAUAUGUAAUCUCAGUAACCCAGUACACUGUUCUUUAGAAAGUUUAGAUCCUGUUUAGUUAUUGAGACCUAUAAGGUGUUGGCACCGGUUAGUGCCCGUUUGAUUUAAACCUGCUAAUAUACAUGUGUUACUAGCUUAAAGGGUUCUUGCUGAUUGUAUUCUAAUUGUUGACAGUGUUCCCUUUUUGAUGUUAAAAUUAGAUUGCUAAUUUUGGGGAGCCAUGUAAAUGUAUCCUGAUGAAUACACUUUUUGGAAUAGCGCCCUCUGUUGAGGGACAGUGUACCGCAUAGCAACUAAAAACGCAAUGGACGACCUCAUGGUAGCUAAUCUUUUCGACACCGACUUUAAUCGUUUUGAAUCUGAAAUCUGCUGAUGAUACUGAUCAUUAAUCACAAUAGGAUGCAAGGAGGUAACUUUCUGAUGAUUAUAUUGUCUUAUGCAAGAAGUAUUGUCUUUGAAUUGGAUAUGAUUUUAUGAUAAUUUUGCGACUGAAUUCUUAGUAAUUCGCAACAUGAUAGAGAU